AAAGUGUUCUUCAUUCGCAUCGCUUUCAUAUCGCCUUCAGCAUGAAGUUCUUCUUCUUCGCUGUCCUCCUCUGUGUCAGCAUCCCGGCGGUUACAGCCGCGGACGGCUGCCAUAGUGACCGGGAUACGGACCACCGAGUGCGGCUUAACUGCACGGCGGCCGGUCUUAAUGGCGUUUCUGUGGGUCUCGAACCCACGAUUGAGGUUCUCUUGUUUCCCAGGAACCAGUUCUCCAGCCUGUCCUGGGCAUCCUUCCAGAUUUUCAGCAAGCUGCACGAGCUGGACCUGACGGCCAACGAGGUGGGUGAGUUGACGGCAAGCGACACGCCGCUUCUACCGAACCUCAGCGUCCUCCGACUGGGAUCCAAUCAUCUCACGGCUUUAGUCAGCGGGGCCUUCUCCGCCUGCCCCGCCCUGACAAAUCUCUACCUGGACAACAACACCAUUGAAUCUCUGAGCCACGACGCGUUCGCUGGACUCAGCAAGUUAGAGAUUCUAGACCUGACAUCCAAUCGCAUCACGGUGCUCCCGCCCCUCUUACUCCGUCCCCUGGUUGCCAUAGAAACACUCUACCUGGAAAACAACCAGAUCAGCAGGCUGCCAGAUGAUUGGUUCAACCCGAGAGAGGACGUGCCCUACCUGUAUCUCUCCGCCAACCCGUGGUCGUGUGACUGCGGCCUGACGUACCUGCGCAUGUACUUGGAUGACUUCUAUUUCAACUUCUACGUGCGCGACGGCAAGAUCAUCCUGAGAGAUGCUAAGAGUGUGGUGUGCCACUCGCCUCAGCGCUUCAAAGGUCAAGCCGUCAUGGAUCUGGACCCGGAGGACUUGUGCCCGCCUUCUCCGAAGCCACAGCCCACCCCCUUAUCGACAGGCCCCACCAAUAGAGAGCAGGAGAGUGGGGGUCCCAGAGGCGACGGGCUUGUUGUCUGGCAGCCUGCACGGACCACUUCCAGGACUUCAUUUCCUGAACCUUCCGGCACCAAGACCGCUCUACCGCGCCCUACGACUCCAACUGCCUCACUUCCUACAACUGAGUCACUUCCUACAACUGAGUCACUUCCUCCAACUGCGUCACUUCCUCCAACUGCGUCACUUCCUACAACUGAGUCACUUCCUACAACUGCGCCACUUCCUACAACUCUAACUGCAUCCCUUCCCGCUGCUCUCCCAGUUGUAACACCCACCAGCUCUGAAAUCCCGCGGACGCGGCAGUGGGUGAGGAAUGACGUUGCCGCCAUUCCCCUCCGCGGAAGUCCCAGUGCCGGUGUUUUUUGUGUGUGGUUAUUGGCCGGUUAUGCAUGUCUCUGUGCGAUGGGGGCAGUGAGUUCCCUCAUAACUGUAGUUAGACUGGUGGUCUUGUACAGGGGGGCGUACAAGCCACUGAGGGUCGCACUAGCGAGUGCGGGCGGCACCCAGCAGGUGAGGCUCUGCGGCGGCGUGACAGAGGUGUAUCGGUCUGUCCUUUUCGUGAGCUGCAAAGAGGAGGAGACGGUCCAAGCCGGCCCGGUGUAUAGGACGACCCUGCACCGUGCGCCCGGGACUCAGGUAGCACUGCAGCAAUGGAGUGAUGUCGUCGGAAGGCGUCAGGAUGGCGCAGGGUGGAGGCAGCGCUUCAGCGUGCUUCUGCGUCAGGAGAGGGAGGGGCCGGACGGUGGGAGGGAGGAGCGAGAUUGGGUGGUGGGUUCGUGGCUCGCGCAACACCUGCCCGAAUGUGAGUGAGUGUCAGUCAUCCCGCUGACUUCCUCCCUUUAAUUUCUGUUUGCCAUCUUGCUCAUGAUAAUUUCAUUCAAUGUUCAUACAACAUGCACAUUUAAAAUCAGGACAAAUGAAAUGAAUCAAGUUAUAUGGCGCAAAUCAAAAACUAUAUGAGAGCUUCUACCAACGUCUUAUUCAUCGGGAUGCAAAUGAACAUGAGAACCAUCUUUAGCAGAUUAUUCUGAGACGAUUCCAGUCGGCCUCGAAAGUAUGUAAAGCUUUUUGAGUCAAAUUUCACCAAAAGAUGAUGCAAAUGAAAACACAAAAAUCCCAUUCCAAUCGGUCAGCAAGUGAAAAUGCUUUUGAUGACAAUUAAUGCAUGCAACGUCGGAUGAUAUUAUAAUUUUUUUUAAAUUCAAUUUCUUGUUGUAGGUCAACUCAUGAAAAAUGGAAACAAUGCAAUCAAAUUUGAUAUAGCCAAGAUGACUCUGUUAACCACCAAAGCCCAAGAUGCGUACUAUUUAUUAUUAAAUGAGUGAUUUUAAUUAAAAAAAAAAUAUAUA